UCCCAAUGACUCCGAACCUCCUGUGCUCACGUCUACGGUAUACCCACAACACGUUAUCUCGUGUGUUGGGGAAUUGGGAUAUAUUCCUCACAGAAUGCACUUAACAGUCACAUCUCAUCUAACAUAUGGGGAGAUAUUCCCACUGGCUAUAAAGGUCGUUGGAACGGAAUCCGGUUUCCUUCAUUUCACCGGAAAACUAAAUUCAUAGUCUUAUUGACUUCUCUGCUUCCGGAGUUAACACUUCAACUCCUCUUCAUGGACAGGCACUCCAGAAGGAACUGAAUUCUCAAUUUCAAUUUAAUUCCCCGCGUUAUGUUCCAGUCUGUAUUUACUGUAAAGAGUUUCAAUUUCGGCAAUAAACAUGGAGCAAAAUCUCAUAUCCUUGCUUCAGUCCUCUGUACGCCUCAAGGAGCUGAAGCAAAUUCAUGCUCUCAUAUUCAAAAAGUACAUCAGUUUCACCCCAUUCUUCAUCAAAAGGCUCUUACAUCUCUCUAUUGUUGAUUAUGCUCGCCUAGUAUUCAACCAAGUUCCUCAACCAGACCAAUAUCUCUAUUGUUCUUUCAUAUCAGCGUACUCUAAACUGUCUUUGUACGCUGAAGCUAAAAAAAUGUUCUUUUUGAUGCACCAUGACCUAGCUCGCAUAAGUUGUUUUGCAUUCUCGCCUGCUCUUAGUUCCUGUGCUUCCUUGAUGGCGACCAGCGAAGGGAAACAAAUUCAUUCUCUUGUUAUAAAUUAUGGGUUUGGUUCAAAUGUUUUCAUCCAGACCACUUUAAUCGAUUUCUAUGCUAAAACGGGUGAUUUGGGAUCUGCUAAGCAGGUCUUUGAUGAAAUCUCAGUGAAAGAUCCAGCUUCUUAUAAUUGCUUGAUAUCAGGCUAUUCUAAAUCCGGCGAGGUUUUGGUGGCACGUAAUCUGUUUGAUAAGAUGACAGAGAGAACAAUUGUUUCAUGGAAUUCUAUGAUUUCUUGCUAUGCACAUAAUGGGCAUUAUACUCAAGCAUUAGAGAUUUUUGAAAGAAUGCAAGCUGUUAAGUGUCAGCCUAGUGAAAUUACUUUGGUGACUAUCCUAUCUAUUUGUGCUAAGUUAGGGGACUUAGAGAUGGGUUUAAGAGUAAGGAAGUUGAUUGAAAAUAAUAAGUUGUGUAGAAAUAUGAUUGUUUCAACUGCACUUUUGGAAAUGUAUGUAAAGUGUGGGGCUGUAAAUGAUGCACGGAGGGAGUUUGAUCAGAUGGCUCAAAGAGAUAUUGUUGCAUGGAGUGCAAUGAUUGCAGGUUAUGCACAAAAUGGCAGAUCAAAUGAGGCACUGGAACUCUUCGAGCUAAUGAAAAGUGAGAACGUUAAGCCAAAUGAUGUCACACUAGUGAGCGUUUUAUCUGCUUGUGCUCAACUGGGUUCAGUAGAACAUGGUGAGCGCAUAGGCAAAUACAUUGAGAGUCGGGGCUUUGCCUCCAAUGUCUAUGUAGGCUCUGCAUUAUUAGACAUGUAUGCUAAAUGUGGUAAUAUUAGAAAAGCACUUCAGGUCUUUGAUCAGAUGACUCAUAAAGACAUAGUUUCUUGGAAUUCCAUGAUUGGAGGACUGGCUGCUAAUGGAUUAGCAGAAGAUGCAAUUUCACUUUACAUGAAAAUGAAAGAAGCUGAGGUAAAACCCAAUGAUAUAACAUUCACAGGGUUGUUAACAGCGUGUACCCAUGCAGGGCUUGUAGAAUUGGGACUUGAGUUUUUCAAAAGCAUGAAAUCAGAUCACAAUAUCAUACCAAAGGUUGAACAUUGUGCCUGCAUUGUAGAUCUCUUUUGUAGGUCAGGACGAUUAGAAGAGGCUUACAAGUUUAUAUGUAAUAUGGAAAUGGAGCCCAAUGUUGUCAUAUGGGGUACCUUAUUAAGUGCUUCUAGGACCUAUUUGAAUGUAGAGCUUGCCGAGCGCUCAGUUGAAAAGCUGCUAAUAUUAGAACCAGAGAACUCAGGGAAUUAUGUCCUGCUUUCUAACAUAUAUGCUAGCGUAGGUAGAUGGCAAGAAGCCUUAAAGGUGAGGAAGUUAAUGAAGGAUAGGAGAAUACAGAAGAUAGCUGCAUAUAGUUGGAUAGAAAUUGAGGAUAAGCUUCAUAAGUUCCUAGUCGGAGACACAUCCCAUCCAAGGUUCACUGAGAUCUACAGUGUUGUUGAUGGGUUGAGAUUACAAAUGAACUGGGCUGGUUAUACUCCAAACUCCGAUUUGCCUGAAGAGGAUUUCUUGUAUACAGACAGCUCAUAGCCAAUGCAUGAACACUUGUAGGAUUUUUCUUUAAUUUCCCUAUUUAUUUGAAAGAUUGAGGAUGAUGAAAUCUUUAUAAUGCAUGUAAGCUAAACUUGUUUCCCAACUUUUCCAAAUAUGUGUUCGUAUGAAGAAUUUGAUGGGGGUAUUGGAAGGAGGAUCCAUUCCUGCACUAAGCAAUAUUGAGGAGGCACUGAAAGCUGAACAAAAAGGCACCUCCUGGUACUGCAAGGAGGAGGAGGAGAUCAGAACCUAGGAGGCAAUUUGGAAAUUAAACAUCAGCAAAGCCUUCUGUUGGGCUACCUAACAUCUAAGGUCACAUUGGUUCAUAUUCAGACUUAUUCCACAUGAACAUUUUGCUACAUAAAAGUCUUUUCUCUGUUGUUCUAUAACUAUAAUGUUUGAGGUAAUGGGCUAAUGGAUGUUUGGCUCCUGACAGUCCCAUGACUUUUGCUACAUAAAAGUCAAUGUGCUGCUCCAUUAGGUUACAUAGCCAUGUUUUGGUCUAACCAUUUUCUUGUAUCCAUUCUGAAUAAGUAGGACUCUAAUUCUGGUUUGUUAUUAGUCAAAUGUUUUAUUUUUCCUGA